AGGAAAACGACCUCAUUCAGUUCCCGUACCCAUGCAAUCAUUUCUCUCAGUCUCAUCCUUCAUCGUGACUCGGAUCAAAUCCAUUGCCACUCCACUUCCAUUCUUGUUUUUGUUUUGCACUUUGUGUUUCUUAUUUGGGGUUCCCUGUGUGUCGGUUUUCUAGAAUUUCCCCCAAUCUUCCGUCUCCUCUCCUUCUCCUUCGCUCUCCGAUCGUCGGCAUCAAUUUAUCCAUGGCGCUUGCGCGUUACCUGCUCGCGGUUCCAGCGUAUACUUCCUCUAAUCGCCGAAGAGUUUCGAUCUUGAGCUCGUGCCCAACUGCCGAGUCCUCUUCGUUUCCAGCUCACUUGUCUUCACGCUCUCUCGCGUCUAAGCCCAGCAAAUUGCCAAUCUUGUACAGAACACGACCAGUAGGCAAGGCCAAGGCGCAAGAAUCUGGAGUGGAUUUGGGUGCAGCUGAUUCUUUCACUCGUUUCAAGCAUUUGCUUUUGCCCGUCACUGACACCAACCCUUAUCUCUCUGAAGGAACAAGACAGGCUGCUGCAACUGCUGGGGCAUUGGCGAAGAAAUAUGAAGCUGACAUCACAGUUGUUGUGAUCGAUGAAAGGCAGAAGGAAACCUUUCCGGAGCAUGAGACCCAAAUGUCGAGCAUCCGGUGGCAUCUGUCUGAAGUUGGGUUCCAGGAAUUCAAGUUGCUGGAGCGAUUUGGGGAAGGGAAGAAACCCACAGCCAUCAUUGGGGAGGUUGCUGAUGAUCUGAACUUGGACUUGGUGGUCAUAAGCAUGGAAGCAAUUCACUCCAAGCAUGUGGAUGCCAACCUGCUGGCAGAGUUCAUCCCCUGCCCUGUCUUGCUCUUGCCGUUGUAGAACUCUGCAACUAUACUUUGUUUUGUGUAGGGUAAACUAAUGAAUCCGCCAUGUUCAUAGACACUCAGAAAACCCAGUGUGUAGCAAUAGCACAGUUUUCUCCAUCAUCAGCGUUUGCCCUUUUUAAGUUUCAACUGUUUGAUAUAUGCUCUGUAGGUUCCUGGUUUGUUUCAGUUCCAGGACCGUGAAACAUGAGCCUAAUCAAACCCUGCAGACUUUUGCUGUCUCGUUGUUGAUAGCUGUUCGACAAGAUUUGCAAAUCAUUCUCCAACUCCGGUGUUCCUUACUCUAGCCCUUGAUUAGUAUGAGCUCCCGAAACUUUUGCC